CUUCACCGGCCAUCAAUUGAUGCGUCCAUCAUGCCGCGCACUGCAAACAAACUCGCGAUCCCCAAGCGGUUCAAGCACGGCCAGCACAUCUUCUUCUGGAAGGAGAUCCACACGAACCAGGUCCUCUACUCCUUCACUCGCCAACUCGAUGAUUCGCUAUUAGAGCAGAUCCCUUUCAUUGGAAAGAAUUCCAAGCCCCCCACAAUCCGGCCUGAUCUCUGGACGCCCCUCCUUACUGUCUUUUUCCCGAGCGACAAGCAGGGCCUAGUAGCCUACCGCAUGCUUCGCGAGUUCCGCCGCCUGCACGAAACAUCAUGGGAUAAGAACAACCCGGAGAUUAAGCGCAUGGAAAAGAAGAAGCGUAUUCACUGGAUCAAGGACCAGAAGGCGAACUCAAUUGCCGACCUUGCAAAGGUGCUCUCCAUGUUCAAGGACCAGGCUCCCAAGUUAGAGGAAAUGGCAAGGAACAAGCGGGCCGAGGUGGAGAAGGAAGCAUUGAAGCGAUGGGAGCAAGUCAAGAGGCGAGCGGCGAAGGCAGAUGCGGGCGAGCUCAGCAAGAUUGAGCGCGAGAUCGAGAGCCUGAAGACUCAGCGUGCGCGCAAGACAGGAGACAAGGAGAGGCAACGUCUCGACAGAGCCAUCAACAUCUGGCGGAUGCAAUACGCCUCGCUGAAGAAAAGCCAAAAACAGGUCCUGAAGUUCCAAGAAGAGGAGGAGAGAAUAGCAAAGAAAAAGGAGGCCGAAAGGCAGGCCAGAAUCGUGGAGAUGGCCGAUAAACUACCUGACCAGGAGGCGUCCGAGAAGCUACCUCCAGGCGAGGCGUCACCCACAGUCGAACCGCUACCCACAAUCGAAAAGUUACCCGUAAUCGAAGAGGGCGGCAAACUACCCAAAUUUACAGUCCUCCCAGAAAACCAGGCGCUCGCCAAAAUUGUGCCUAUCCAAUUCCAAAAGCCAGUACCAGCGCCAAUGAGCAUUGAUGGCGUCGUCGUUCAGUGGGCCCACUUGACCGAUGCGGAACAUGCCCUAGGAUCCUGGCCGACUGAGGUUCUGCAUGCCGAAAUGGGCCAUCUUAGACGAUUCCCUCCCUUGCCAGAAGACGAUCCGCAGGAAUUCCCGCUAAAUGAGGAGGAAGGUGAGACUAUGCGCUUAGCAAGAUUAGAGCAUAAACGUCGAAAUCGAGAAAAAGAAGAAGCUAAACAGGCUGAGAGGCUGGCCAAUAAAUUGGCGGCGAAAGCGAAGCACGGAGAGAAGGCGGGUAUUCUGGGGCGAUUUAUCCCAAAGCUCCCAUUUUUUGGAAACAAAGCCCCCAGGAGGGCACAGCUGGAGCAAUAGUGAUUGCGGGGGAGAGCUGGACGAAGUCCGCUUUGUAAGGCCAGUGUAUCAUACCUGCAAUUAUAUAUGUAUUAUACGUCACAGUUAGAAAAGCGUUUUGGUGCAUGUACGUCUCAAUCACACCAAUUUGAUCGCCGAAUCUGUUUCGAACUCUGGCUAUGCGGCGGCCUUGUCCACUUGUGAGUCCAAGAAAGUCUACCAAUCCCCCUUCUUAGUACUGGUAGAUGACGAGGUUGGAGGUGGCUAGGCGAAUUUCAGGUCGUUCAAACCGAUUCACGGACAUCUUGUUCAAAUAUUUAAAAUUACAUUGGAU